UCUAUCAUUCCCACUUCCGGGUCCUUUCUACACGCGCCUGAGGACAGCCGGCAGCCUUGCUCAUAAUGAGACCCAUCCUGCUUCAGGGCCAUGAGCGCUCCAUUACCGAAAUCAAGUACAACCGAGAUGGGGACCUGCUUUUCACAGUUGCAAAAGAUCCAGUGGUUAAUGCUUUUUACUCUGUGAAUGGAGAACGCCUGGGUACCUACAAUGGUCACACAGGAGCGGUCUGGUGUGUGGAUGUUGACUGGGACACGCGACAUGUGCUUUCUGGAUCAGCCGAUAACUCCUGUAGGUUAUGGGACUGUGAAACCGGAAAGCAGCUAGCUCUGCUGGAGACAAACUCAGCUGUCAGAACCUGUGGAUUUGACUUUGGCGGAAAUAUCAUAAUGUUUUCAACAGACAAGCAGAUGGGUUACCAGUGCUUUGUCAACUUCUUUGACAUAAGGGAUCCAUCUCAGAUUGAGGAAAACGAGCCUUAUAUGAAGAUUAGCUGCAGUGAGUCAAAGAUAACCAGUGCUGUAUGGGGACCCCUAGGAGAGAGCAUCAUCGCUGGACAUGAAAAUGGAGAGCUGAACCAAUAUAGUGCAAAGUCUGGAGAGAUUGUGAACAGUAUCAAGGAGCACUCCAAGCAGAUCAAUGAUAUUCAGACCUCCAGAGAUAUGACCAUGUUUAUCACUGCAUCCAAAGACUGCACUGCCAAGCUCUUUGACUGCACAACACUAGAACAUCAGAAAACGUUUCGUACAGAGAGACCAGUAAAUUCUGCAGCACUGUCUCCAAUCUAUGAUCAUGUUGUUUUGGGAGGAGGACAGGAAGCCAUGGAAGUGACAACAACAUCCACCAGGAUUGGUAAAUUUGAGGCAAGAUUUUUCCAUGUUGGCGUUGAGGAGGAAUUUGGAAGAGUGAAGGGCCAUUUUGGACCCAUCAACAGUUUAGUAUUCCACCCUGAUGGCAAAAGCUACAGCAGCGGCGGAGAGGACGGAUAUGUCAGAAUACAUUACUUUGACCAGCAAUAUUUCGAUUUUGAGGUUGAAUAUUGAGCUUAUGGCAGCUUUCUGGCUGUUCAGAAUGCGCGUGAAGAAAUUCCAUCAAAACCAAAUGCAAUUUGAAAACCGGACAAAGCACAUUAAUUUAAAGGGGUUGUUCAGUUCCAGGAGGAUGUUGGUAAACACGGGACCCGUCUGUCAUAAAGAAGUGAGAAUUACUUACCUGGCAGAUCCAAUGCCACUGCUCUUGUUCUGCUGGCCAGGAUCUAUUUGCUUCGCUCCAGCAGUGAUGUCAGGUCAGCAUGUCACUACUGCAGCCAAUCUCUGGCCUCUUCAGUGAACCACCGAGGCAAGUGAUUUCCAGCAGAGGUCAAGUGUUGUUGACAUGAUAUCACCACUGCAGCCGGGUAAAUAGAUCCUAGCCAGUAGAACUGGAGCGGCGGCAAGGGAUCUGCCAGGUAAAUAAUGAUCACUUCUUUAUAGACGGCGGAUCCCCUGUGUUCGGUUUCUUUCUGAAUUGGAUAACCCCUUUAAUAUGAAUGCAUUAAAGGGGCUUUACACUCCUGUAAAAUCGGGUUAUAAGGACAUUCAAUGCUCACACCAUGUUACGUAAUCCUUCUUUAAAUGUUGCCAUUGGCUCUGGGCAAUAACUGCUUAGAAAGGUGCAAACAUAUGUAACCAUUAAUAUUUAUGUGAGUAUCUUCGUCCAUGGAGCUCAAAGCUAGGGUAUGGCUGUAUACACAGUAGUGUUUCGUGGUCAUAAUAAAAGGAAAUAAAUAAAAUGUUGAUAAAUUAUUUCUGGAUAUUAGCAAUAAAAAGGCUUACCUUACUUCA